UGAGAAGGCAAACCAGCCCUAAGCCUGCUCGCGAACUUCGUUGUAUGACUUUUUCCCACUCCACAUAACGGUACAACCAGCGAAACAGGUGGGAUAGGAUACUCAACUUCUCCUAAAAUUCUGUAUGCAUGCCUCUCAUUCGGGCUCAACGUCCCUUUAAGCCUAACUCCUUCCUUGUAAACAGUGCUUUUAUCGAACAUCUAUACUCUUUUCCUCCGCGUGUGUUUUAUCGGCAUCCCAAGUACUGUGUUGGAUUAAAACUUGGCUGCUCUAAUGGCAUGGGGCCAGGGUAAAAGACGAUAAAGUUCGCAAACUUUGGAGUGACAAAGUUUGAGGACGGUUUCCUGUGGACCAUCCCGAUUUAGCAUCCUCUCAUCAUCUCUGGGAUUUUGCAUCGCGGGUUCAUUGUUUGGUGUUUGUAAAGUGUUCUAAUCUAAGACAAACAAAUAAAGUGAAUUUCUCGGAAAUAUUCGAAUGGUGCUUCAAAUGUCUUGGUGUACUACCAGCUUCGGGAAGGUGGAGGUGGCUCAGCCUCAAACAUCCACUGGAUCCAUCAAAGCGCAAAUUGAAAUCAUUCCCUGUAAAGUUUGUGGUGACAAAUCCUCAGGAGUUCAUUACGGUGUUAUUACUUGUGAAGGCUGCAAAGGUUUUUUCCGACGAAGCCAGUCCAGUGUUGUAAAUUAUCAGUGUCCUCGUCAGAAAAACUGUGUUGUUGAUCGAGUCAAUAGAAAUCGAUGCCAGUACUGCCGGUUACAGAAGUGUUUAGCACUUGGGAUGUCUAGGGAUGCGGUUAAAUUUGGUCGCAUGUCUAAAAAGCAGAGAGAAAAAGUGGAAGAUGAGGUGAGGUUUCAUCGAGCACAGCUAGUCCGUCCUCAGGGUACGACUCCGUCCCAUUCGACGCCACAGCCCACAGAAACUUCGCCCGAUAGUUCUGUUUUCGAUCACCAGCAGCAACCGUCCUCAUCCAAUCAACAUGUCUCCUACAUUAACAGCGGGUAUAAUUAUAAUGGUGACUUAAACACAUUUCCUGCUAAUGGUUAUACUUACACUCCACAAGCCAUACAAUUCGACCUUGGCAGCACAGAUUUUGUGGAUAGCACAACAUUUGAUCCUCAACAGCAGCUAGAGCCUAUUGCAGACGCCAAUAGUCUACUCAUUACUGUAGUACCUCCUGGACCUAUGACUACAAAUUCCCAUUUAGAACUUUUAACGAAAACUCUCACCGAGGCGCACACGAGGACUUGCUUAUACACAAGUGAGCAGGUUGCAGAAGUGUUUAGGAAACCUACAGAUGUCACAUCGAUUCUUGUAUACAAGAGCAUGGAUCAUGAACAGCUAUGGCUAGAUUGCGCUCAAAAACUUACAAACAUAAUUCAACAGUUGAUAGAGUUUGCCAAAAUGGUACCAGGGUUCAUGAAACUUUCACAAGACGACCAGAUCUUAUUACUUAAAGCCAGUAGCUUUGAAAUGAGUGUAUUAAGAAUGAGCAGGUAUGUUGACACACAUUCUGGCUAUGUAAUGUAUGGAGAGGUUAUGAUGCCAUCAGAAGCUUUCACUACAGCAGAUACAUCUGAAAUGAAAUUGGUUAAUAAUACUUUUGAAAUGGCUAAAAGUAUUGCGGAGUUGAAAUUGACAGAAUCUGAACUAGCUCUAUAUUCAGCUUCUGUAUUACUUCAACCAGACCGUCCUGGGCUAAAGAAUAUUCUUGACGUACAAACUCUAAAUCAAGCAAUAUUAAAGGCCUUAAAGUAUGAACUUGAUCAGACUCAUAAGCUACCAUAUAAAGGAGAUGUCCGUGCAUUCGACAUCCUGAUGGGAAAACUGGUCGACCUGCGUGAUUUGAGUUCUUUGCACAUGGAAACACUGGCCAAGUUCAGGUGUUCAGCACCACACCUCGAAUUCCCGGCUCUUCACAAGGAACUCUUCUCGAUUGAAAGCAUGUGAUCAUUUCCUCCCAUCAUUUCUUCAUUUUCUGUACAGUGCCAGAGUUUAAAGUAUUAAAAUAAAGGGUACCUCAGCUUUUGUUUAGCUGAUGAACUCAAGUAAAUGGCAAAAA